CUUCACAUACCGAAAAGCUGUCCUGUUUGUAGGUUGGAUCUAUGUGCUUCGGGUGAAUUUAUUAAUUGCCAAUUUUUCAUUAUCGUACAGUUUGAGCGGUGCUUGCAAGUGACCGUGUGUAUUUAUAUAAAGUAGACGAUGUUCAAAUUGUGCAAGUCAAAGGUGCUCCUACGAGCUGUCACUUAUGAUAAAGUCGGUUUACACCGGUUGUACGUUAUGAAAAAUCUCGAGAGAAUGAAAAAUGUUAAGCCUACCAGGAACUUUAAGUGGGACGUGAAAAAUUUGAAAAGGGGUUGCAGCCUUUGUCCGUGUAGAAAUUACAAGACAAUGUGUGACGAUAUCACCUUGUUUACUUUACCAAAUGAUCAGCCAAUUGUUGCCUUGGAAUGCGAGACAGCAUUCAAUGCAUUGACUGCCAAAGAAAAGUUAUACGCACAUUACUUGAGUCAGGCUGCAUGGAACGGUGGCCUUAUUGCACUGGUGCAAACAUCACCUGAAUCUCCACUGAUAUUUGCUCUUCUACAUAAGAUUUUUACCAAACAAAACCCAGACGAUUUGAAAAAGGCAGCACUGGAACGUGGUGUGACCGAAGAUGAAUUCACUGCAUUCCUUGUGUAUGCAUGUGGAGUAUUCUCUAAUUCAGGUAACUAUAAGUCCUUUGGAGAUAGUAAGCUAAUUCCUAACCUGCCCAAAGAACGAUUUGAACUGAUUGUGAAAGCCUCCAAAGCAUACACUGAGCAACCUAAGGAAAUUGAAACGAUCUGGAGUACCAUACAGGAGAAUAUAUUUUCCCUAGAGGAAAGAUUAAAAUCUUUAGGUCUUGGAGACAAAGGAAUUACAACCUACUUUUCCUCAAACUGUACAGCAGAGGAUGCUGAAAUAGUAAAUGAAUUUAUGCAGAGUAAGGGAUUGGAGUCUUACAAUGCGCGCUGCUUUAAAACAACAGAGCCCUGUGCUGAUUCGACUGAUAAGAAAUUCCGAAACGUUUAUGAGAUUAGGUUGGCUUCCGUCGAGGAGGGAGAUGAUUCUAAUAUUACUUUGGCACCAGAAAUAUUCAAGGAUGCCAAAUUCAAAAUUACCAGAGGAGACUAUAGCCAACUUCUCUUUUCCGUCGUAGAGAAUUUACGCAAAGCUAAGGAAUACGCUGCAAAUGAAAACGAGAUAAAUAUGCUCGAUAGAUAUAUUAAUCACUUUACGACGGGUUCCUUGGAGGAACACAAAAAUGGUUCCCGCUUUUGGAUCAAGGAUAAAGGACCUGUAAUCGAAACUUACAUUGGUUUCAUCGAAACAUACAGGGAUCCAGUAGGACAGCGAGGAGAAUUCGAAGGAUUCGUAGCGAUGGUGAACAAGGAGAUGUCACGAAAAUUUGCAACCUUAGUUGCCAAAGCUGAGGAACUCCUACCGAAGUUACCAUGGGGCAAGGACUUCGAGAAGGACGAAUUUCUAAGGCCGGAUUUUACGUCCUUAGAUGUUUUAACAUUUUCCGGUUCUGGAAUUCCUGCAGGAAUCAAUAUACCUAAUUACGAUGAAAUCAGGCAGUCUGAAGGUUUCAAAAAUGUCUCACUGGGUAAUGUCAUUCCUGCUAAUAUGCAACUGGACGUUAUUCCUUUCUUGUCUGACGAGGAUCAGGCGCUCAUGAACAAGUUCCGGAUAAAUAGUUUCGAAGUUCAAGUUGGUCUGCAUGAACUCCUGGGUCAUGGCAGUGGGAAACUGUUUAGAAGUCUUGGUAACGGUCAGUUCAACUAUAAUAAAGAUCGUGUUGUAAAUCCAUUAACUAAUGAAUUGGUAACAAAAUACUUUCUCGAGGGUGAAACGUACGAUUCGAAAUUUGGCGCUCUGGGUUCCUCUUAUGAAGAAUGUCGGGCAGAAGCUGUAGGGCUCUAUUUAAGUCUCGAGGAGGAAGUGAUUAAGAUAUUCGGUUACGAAGAUAAGGAUAUUCAGAAUAUCAUUUAUGUAAACUGGUUAUCCUUAUUAUGGGCCGGUUGCGCAAAAGCUCUGGAGAUGUAUCAACCAACUACAAAGAAGUGGUUGCAAGCCCACUCUCAGGCCAGAUACGUUCUAUUAAGAGUAUGUCUGGAAGCUGGGGAGGAUUUCGUGAACGUGGUGGAGUCUGAGCCAGGAGAGAACUUGCGAUUGAUUGUGGACAGAACCAAAAUUCAUACAGUGGGUAAAAAGGCUAUCGGAGAAUUCCUGAAAAAACUACAGAUAUACAAAAGUACUGGUGAUGUUGAAGCUGCCAAGGAGAUGUAUGGCAGAUACAGCGAGGUACCUGAGUCUGGACCACAGCCUUGGGCUCGCUGGAGAAAAAUCGUCCUGGCUCAUACGCAGGCACGAAAAAUCUUCAUACAGUCUAAUACCUUUAUUGACAAAAAUGGUGAAGAUAUCAAUGUGAAGUUGAAGAAGUACGAGCCUACAUUCGAAGGACUCAUUCAGUCUUGGGCAGAGCGUUUUCCAUCUUCAGAGACAUCGCAAAACCUUGUUGCUCUUUUCGAAAAGGAUCAAAUGUAUUUUAUGAACAAUUAACUCUGUCAAGCUUAAAGGUCACAUCGGCUACAACUGCAUGAGAUUGUUGUCAUUUUGAUGAAUUUUCAACAAAUCUUUUGGAGUUAUUUAUCAAGAGUAAUUAUGAAACAGACCACUUUUUCGUAACUAUAAAUGAUUUUAUCUUUUACAAAGGUGCACAAUUAAAUAUUAAAAAGUAAUAA